AUGGCUGCGGCCAAGGACCUCGAAGUCCCUCCGCCAGAAAACGGACUCGAGACUGUGCGCGUCAUCUUUCUAAACAACGAUGAACGCAACAGUGAGCGCACACUCGAAGUUGCCGCUGCUUUGGAUAAUCGAAUCACGACGUCCAAAUACACGCUGCUGUCCUUCUUGCCGCACAAUCUGCUGGAGCAGUUUAUGCGUGCUGCCAAUUUUUACUUUCUCUGCCUGCUGGUCCUCCAGCUGAUCCCGGCCAUCUCCUCCCUCAGUCCGGUUACCACGGCCAUGCCUCUGGUGUUUGUCCUCGGUGUUACCGCCGCCAAAGAUGCCAACGAUGACUUGAAACGACACCGCAGCGAUGGUACCAUCAACAACCGAGCGACAACGGUGCUGCGUGAGGGCAGCUGGAUUGAAGUUCGCUGGAGUCAAGUUGUGGUCGGUGACAUCAUCAAGCUCAAGAGCAACGAUUUUGUGCCCUGCGAUCUCGUUGUUCUUUCAACCUCGGAAGAGGACCACGACUGUUACAUUGAGACGGCCGAUCUCGACGGUGAAACCAACCUCAAGAAGCGCUAUUCCCCGACAGCCACCAGUCAGCUUGUGGACGAGCACAGCCUCAGCUCCCUGGCGGGCCAAGUGCGUUGUGAUCCGCCCAACAACAAGCUUGACAAGUUUGAUGGCACCCUCUAUCUUGAUGACCCUAUACCCUUGAGCGACGAGAACGUUCUGCUCCGAGGCUGCCGCUUGCGUAACACAUCUUUCAUCCACGGCGUUGCUGUCUACUGCGGCAAAGAUACAAAGCUCAUGCGGAACAGCGGCCGCGCGCGCUUCAAACGUACCCACAUCGACAUGCAGCUUAACGGCCUCGUUCUUCAAAUUUUCUUCGUGCUCUUUUGCAUGUGCACCGUCAUGGCCAUUCUCAGCUCGGCUUGGGAAGCUCGUCAGGGCGAUGAGUUCAAAAUGUUUUUGAAUCGUCAAAGCGACGAUGCCACAACCAUUGGCACGCUGCAGUUUUUCUCGUAUCUCAUUGUGCUCUCCAACUUGGUGCCCAUCUCCCUCUACGUAUCAGUGGAGUUGAUUCGGGUUGGCCAGUCGCUGCUCAUUGGCUGGGACCGAGAAAUGUACCACAAAGACACGGAUACCCGCGCCGUCGCCCGCACGACAACACUCAACGAAGAACUUGGCCAAAUUGAUUACGUCUUCAGCGACAAGACGGGGACCCUCACGCAGAAUGUCAUGCGCUUCAUUCAAUGCUCGAUUGGAGGUGAAAUCUAUGGCAAGGAGGCUGACAUUGGUAAAAUGAAGCCCGCCGACUCGCAUCCAUUAGAUCUGGAUCAGAUCGAGGACCCCGGAGAGGAGGAAACCUUUAUUGAUGCCAAAUUCCAGGCCAAGCUGGCCGAAAAUGAUCCCGCUGUGGACAAUUUCUUCCGCCUGCUUGCGCUUUGCCACACGGUGCGCCAUGAACACGUGGACGGUACAAUCGAGUACCAGGCUCAGUCUCCUGACGAAAAGGCCCUUGUCGAGGGUGCCCGGGACGCUGGUUUUGUCUUUGAUACCCGUACCAGCGAGGAUAUUUACAUUUCAGUGCGUGGCCAACAAGAAGCCUACAAGAUGUUGAACAUCAUUCAGUUCAACAGUACGCGCAAGCGGAUGACGAUUGUGCUGCAGGCCGCCGAUGGGACCUUUACGGCGUACAGCAAGGGCGCCGAUAAUGUGAUGGAACAGCUCCUGUCAGAGGAAGCUCGCCAGCGUGACUGGCCCGCGUGCGAAGAGAACCUGCACGAGUUUGCCAAAGACGGUCUGCGCACACUCGUGCUGUGUCAGCGCCGCCUGGAUCCCGACUGGUAUCAGAACUGGGCAGCCCGGUUUGCCGAGGCUGAGACCUCGCUCGAGGAUCGUGACGACAAGAUUGCUGAAGUUGCCGAGGACUUGGAACGUGACUUUGAUCUGGUCGGGGCCACGGCCAUUGAAGAUCGUUUGCAAGACCAAGUGCCCGAGACCAUUGCCAACAUGAUGCGAGCUGGCAUCAAAGUUUGGGUCUUGACUGGCGAUAAGCAAGAGACGGCCAUCAACAUUGGCUUUUCCUGCCGCCUCCUCAAGUCUGAGAUGGAACCCCUCAUCAUUGUCAACGGCAAGGACGAGCAGGAAGUCAAAGAUCAACUCACACGGGGCUUGGAAACUGUGAAUCAGAAUGAUCGCCCCUUUGCUCUGGUCGUGACAGGCCGCGCGCUAACGUUUCCGCUACCACCAACCAAAAAAGAACGCGAGACGGAGAUGAUUCGCCUUGAUAACGGGAGCACGAGCCUGCGAUGGACGGCUGAGCGCUUGGAAGAGCAGCGUCAGAUCCAGGAGCUCUUCCUGGCCGUCACCGACAAAUGUCGCAGCGUGCUCUGCUGCCGUGUAUCGCCGCUGCAAAAAGCGCAGGUGGUCACCCUCAUCAAGACCGAGCGCAAGUCCAUCGCUCUGGCCAUUGGUGAUGGUGCCAAUGACGUGAGCAUGAUCAAAGCGGCCCACAUUGGCGUGGGCAUCUCUGGUCUCGAGGGGCGCCAAGCCGUGUUGGCGAGUGACUUUAGCAUCGCUCAAUUCCGUUUCCUGCAACGUCUCCUGAUUGUGCACGGCCGCUGGUCUUACUUGCGCAUGAGCUCCUUCCUCAACUAUUUCUUCUACAAAAACUUUGCUUACGCUUUUGUGCACUUUUGGUUUGGCUUUUUCUGUGGAUACUCGGCCAUGACCAUCUACGACGCAGUUUUCAUCUCAACCUUCAACGUAAUUUACAGCUCGCUGCCCAUUCUUGUGGUGGGCAUUCUCGAACAAGACGUCAACGACCGCGAGUCCUUGGCCAACCCCCACCUCUACGAGGCAGGCCCUCGCAACAUCCUCUUUGAUCGCGAGUCGUUUUACUGGAGCUUGUUCCGUGGCGUUCUCCAUGGCGUGGUCAUCUUCUUUGUGCCCGCGCUCGCCGUGCGCUCUGGUGGAUCAUUUGGAAGUGACGGCGUGCUGCGUGGAGACUACUUUACACUCUCCUUCAUCUGUGCCCUCCUCCUGACCUGGGUUGUCAACCUGCAACUGGCGGUACAAACAAGGCAUUGGACUUGGCUCAACUGGGUGACCAUCCUGGUUGGCCCGCUGUCGUUUUUCGUCUUCUUCGGUAUCGAGUACGCCUGGGAUGACGAACUUUUCUGGUUCCAAUCGCCCUAUUAUGGCGUCUUCAACAGUGGCUUGUCCAGCCGGUUCUGUUGGGCUGUGUUUUUUCUGGCCAUUGGCCUAUGCAUGGUGGCGUCGCUGCUCGAGUUUUUCACCAAGGCCUGGUUCAUGCCCAACCCGAUCGACAUUGUCCGCGAGCAGAGUAAGCAACAGCAACUUAACGAUCAGCAGCCCCGCGUUUCUAGCCCGAAGAAUAUGUCGAAUGCCAGCGAUCUUCGCUGCGAGUGCAGCAUUCAGCGUAUGUAUGACUUUAGUCAGGAAGACAAUGUGGGUCGCAGCCUUUUCCCUCGCAUGCCCAAUAUUUUGAAGAAAGUGCCGCUUUUUCAUCGCAAGGAGCCGCCCCGCGUGGAAACGCUUUCGCAAGACACCACCUCCACCGUGGGUACGGUGGAUCCAUCGGUGGAAGCCGGUACCACGCCACCGACCGUGGCACCGAGCUCGCCGCGCUCCGUCCGAACCCUGCGAGACAACUCGGUAGCGCCAUCGGAGGUUUCGCGCGCCUCCCCAACGCUCUCCCGUUCACAGCAAGUGGCCAUUGACUACAUUUAAUAUGCAGCCCAGGCCGCCAGUGGUAUUUUCACAGGAAAGAAAAUUGACAAUGAAAU